GAGAAAUAACAAGGAGUGGCCUCUCCGCGUCCUCUGGGUCCAAUCUGGUUUCAGGAGUGAAGUUGCUCCCGGGCAGGCAAGCCUGAGAGAGGCCAAAGACACUUAAAGACAAGCAGCGGCGAGAAAAGCACCUCCGCGCCCCACACCUCAGCAGGUCUCGCUCUGGGCACCCUCCUGGCGCCCGCGUUCUCCUGGCCCUGCCCCGCAUCCCGAUGGCCGCCGCUGGGCUCCGGCGCUCAGUGCGCGGAGCCGCCUGCCGGCAGCUGCUGCUGACCCUGGUGAUCUUCAGUCUUGCUGGUGAAGCCUGCAAAAAAGUGAUACUUAAUGUACCUUCUAAACUAGAGGCAGACAAAAUAAUUGGCAGAGUUAAUUUGGAAGAGUGCUUCAGAUCUGCAGACCUCAUCCAGUCAAGUGAUCCUGAUUUCAGAGUUCUAAGUGAUGGGUCAGUGUACACAGCCAGGGCUGUUGUACUGUCCGAUGAGAAAAGAUCAUUUACCAUAAGGCUUUCUGACAAAAGGAAACAGACACAGAAAGAGGUUACUGUGCUGCUAGAACAUCAGAAGAAGGUACUGAAGACAAGACACACUAGAGAAACUGUCCUCAGGCGUGCCAAGAGGAGAUGGGCACCUAUUCCUUGCUCUAUGCAAGAGAAUUCCUUGGGCCCUUUCCCUUUGUUUCUUCAACAAGUUGAAUCUGAUGCAGCACAGAACUAUACUGUCUUCUACUCAAUAAGUGGACGUGGAGUUGAUCAAGAACCUUUAAAUUUGUUUUAUAUAGAAAGAGACACUGGAAAUCUAUUUUGCACUCAGCCUGUGGAUCGUGAAGAAUAUGAUGUUUUUGAUUUGAUUGCUUAUGCGUCAACUGCAGAUGGAUAUUCAGCAGAUCUGCCUCUCCCACUACCCAUCAGAGUAGAAGAUGAAAAUGACAACCACCCUGUUUUCACAGAAGCAAUUUAUAAUUUUGAAGUUUCAGAAAGUAGUAGACUUGGUACUACAGUGGGCGUGGUUUGUGCCACAGACAGAGAUGAACCGGACACAAUGCACACGCGCCUGAAAUACAGCAUUUUGCAGCAGACACCAAGAUCGCCUGGGCUGUUUUCUGUGCAUCCCAGCACAGGUGUAAUCACCACAGUCUCUCAUUAUUUGGACAGAGAGGUUGUAGACAAGUACUCAUUGAUAAUGAAAGUACAAGACAUGGAUGGCCAGUUUUUUGGAUUGAUAGGCACAUCAACUUGUAUCAUAACAGUAACAGAUUCAAAUGAUAAUGCACCCACUUUCAGACAAAAUGCUUAUGAGGCAUUUGUAGAGGAAAAUGCAUUCAAUGUAGAAAUCUUACGAAUACCUGUAGAAGAUAAGGAUUUAAUUAAUACUGCCAAUUGGAGAGUCAAUUUUACCAUUUUAAAGGGAAACGAAAACGGACAUUUCAAAAUCAGCACAGACAAAGAAACUAAUGAAGGUGUUCUUUGUGUUGUAAAGCCACUGAAUUAUGAAGAAAACCAUCAAGUGAACCUGGAAAUUGGAGUAAACAAUGAAGCACCAUUUACUAGAGAUAUACCCAGAGUGACAGCGUUGAACAGAGCCUUGGUUACAGUUCAUGUGAGGGAUCUGGAUGAGGGGCCUGAAUGCACCCCUGCAGCCCAAUAUGUGCGGAUUAAAGAAAACUUAGCAGUGGGGUCAAAGAUCAAUGGCUAUAAGGCAUAUGACCCCGAAACUAGAAAUGGCAAUGGUUUAAGGUACAAAAAAUUGCAUGAUCCUAAAGGUUGGAUCACCAUUGAUGAAAUUUCAGGGUCAAUCAUAACUUCCAAAAUCCUGGAUAGGGAGGUUGAAACUCCCAAAAAUGAAUUGUAUAAUAUUACAGUCUUGGCAAUAGACAAAGAUAAUAGGUCAUGUACUGGAACACUUGCUGUGGACAUUGAAGAUGUAAAUGAUAAUCCACCAGAAAUACUUCAAGAAUAUGUAGUCAUUUGCAAACCAAAAAUGGGAUAUACCGACAUUUUAGCUGUUGAUCCUGAUGAACCUGUCCAUGGAGCUCCAUUUUAUUUCAGUUUGCCAAAUACUUCUCCAGAAAUCAGUAGACUGUGGAGCCUCACCAAAGUUAAUGACACAGCCGCCCGUCUUUCAUAUCAGAAAAAUGCUGGAUUUCAAGAAUAUACCAUUCCUAUUACUGUAAAAGACAGGGCCGGCCAAGCUGCAACAAAAUUAUUGAGAGUUAAUCUAUGUGAGUGUACUCAUCCAGCUCAGUGUCGUGUGACUUCAAGGAGUGCAGGAGUAGUACUUGGAAAAUGGGCAAUCCUCGCAAUACUACUGGGUAUAGCACUGCUCUUUUCUGUAUUGCUAACUUUAGUAUGUGGAGUUUUGGGUGCAACUAAAGGCAAACGUUUUCCUGAAGAUUUAGCACAGCAAAACUUAAUUAUAUCAAACACAGAAGCACCUGGAGAUGAUAGAGUGUGCUCUGCCAAUGGAUUUAUGACCCAGACUGCCAACAACUCUAGCCAAGGUUUUUGUGGCACCAUGGGAUCAGGAAUGAAAAAUGGAGGACAGGAAACCAUUGAAAUGAUGAAAGGAGGAAACCAGACCUUGGAAUCCUGCCGGGGGGCUGGGCACCAUCACACCCUGGACUCCUGCAGGGGAGGACACACGGAGGUGGACAACUGCAGAUACACUUACUCGGAGUGGCACAGUUUCACUCAGCCCCGUCUCGGUGAAAAAUUGCAUCGAUGUAAUCAGAAUGAAGACCACAUGCCAUCCCAAGAUUAUGUCCUUACUUAUAACUAUGAGGGAAGAGGAUCUCCAGCUGGUUCUGUGGGCUGCUGCAGUGAAAAACAGGAAGAAGACGGCCUUGACUUUUUAAAUAAUUUGGAACCCAAAUUUAUUACAUUAGCAGAAGCAUGCACAGAGAGAUAAUGUCACAGUGCUACAAUUAGGUCUUUGCCAGACAUUCUGGAGGUUUCCAAAAAUAAUAUUGUAAAGUUCAAUUUCAACAUGUAUGUAUAUGAUGACUUUUUUCCCUCAAUUUUGAAUUAUGCUACUCACCAAUUUAUAUUUUUUAAGCAAGUUGUUGCUUAUCUUUUCCAAAAAGUGAAAAAUGUUAAAACAGACAACUAGUAAAUCUCAAGCUGCAGCACUGGAAUUAAGGAAUUAAGCAUCUGCUCUUUUUUUUUUUUUUUUAACAGAUAUUUUAGUGAUAAAUAUGUUGGAUAAAUAUUAGUCCAACAAUAGCUAAGUUACACUAAUAUCACAUUAUUAUAUAUUCACUUUGAGUGAUAGUUUAAAAAAUAAACAAGAAAUAUUGAGUAUUACUACGUGAAGAAAAAUUUGGAAAAGAAACACUGAAGACUGAAUUAACUUAAAAAUGUUGCAGCUCAUAAAGAAUAGGGACUCACCUCUACUGCACUACCAAAGUCAUUUGACUUUGGAGGCAAAAUUUGUUGAAGCGCCCCAUGAAGUAGCAAUUUUCCAUAGGAAUAUAGUUGGAAA